AUGUCUUCAGAAAACUAUCAACUCUGGGGCGGAUGUUUCGAAGAGGAAGCUUCAUCAGACCUCAGGCGUUUGAAUGAUUCCUUGUCUGUCGAUAUUAGACUGUAUCGCGAAGAUAUUAACGGUAGUCGUGCCUGGGCCCGGGAACUCAACCUUUGCAAACACAUAUCUGCUGAAAUCUAUGAGGCCAUAGUGAAUGGAUUAAAUAAGGUAGAAGCCGACAUAGAAAAAGAGUUGGCUGAGAAUGGUCGAAUUUUGGAUAACGAUGAAGACAUUCACUCCGUGGUGGAAAGAAGACUUAGAGAAUACGCUGGAGACGCCGCCCUCCAUUUGCACACGGCUCGCAGUCGUAAUGAUCAAUCCGCUACAGAUACAAAAUUAUGGAUGCUUAACUCCACUAAAAAGUUAACAACGGCCGUUGUUCAACUUAUCUCGGUCUUAACAACUCGUGCCGAGAAUGACAUCGAAGUUAUAAUGCCGGGGUACACGCAUCUUCAACGUGCUCAACCCCUUAGAUGGAGCCAUUUUUUGAUGAGCUACGUCUGGCAGUUGAAAGAGGAUGUUGUGCGUCUGGAAGAACAAGUCAACCGUUUAUCAAUAUGCCCUCUUGGUAGUGGUGCAAUAGCUGGUUGCGCGCUUAACAUCGAUCGUUUACGUUUGGCACAAAGUCUAGGAUUCAAAAAUGUAACGCCCAAUUCAAUGUAUGCGGUCGGGUCUCGAGAUUACAUAGUGGAAUUCCUAAAUUGGGCCGCCCUUUGUGGACUUCAUCUUAGUAGGUUAGCAGAGGAUCUCAUAAUAUACAGCUCCCAAGAAUUCGGCGUCAUCCAGAUAUCAGACAAAUUUUCUACUGGAUCAAGUCUGAUGCCCCAAAAACGAAACCCAGAUGGUUUAGAACUAAUAAGGGGAGCUGCAGGGCUUCUGCUAGGAGACAGUUUCUCAUUCAGCUGUACAUUGAAGGGACUGCCUAGUACUUACAACAAGGAUUUGCAGGUGGAUAAGGAAAUUAUAUUCAGGUCUUACGAUAGACUGAUGCACUGCGUCCGAGUUAUGAGUGGCACUGUGGCGACGUUAACGGUAAGCAGCGAGAAAGCCCUUAGUUUACUAGACCCUGGUAUGUUGGCUACUGAUCUGGCGCACUACUUAGUGCGUCGAGGAGUGCCCUUCCGGCGCGCACACCACAUCGUUGGUACUGUGCUUAAACGGGCAGCUACACUAGGAGUUAGUCUCCAAGACAUGGAUUAUAAGGAGUAUAAUAAAUUAUGCCCCAAUUUCGGAUCGGAAGAGGAAAUUAAAAGGAUAUUUUCAUGGGAAGCUAGCGUGGAGCAGUAUACAAGUGAAGGCGGUACUGCGCGUGUUUCCGUGGAGCAACAGAUACUUUCAAUUCGAGAAUGGUUACAAGAUAAAUUGUAA